ACGAUCAAAAGAUACAGUACUAGGACUGAUUAAGUCAGUUGCAAUAAGCUGUGAGGUUCUAAUAUUUGUGCUUCUUGGGAACAGUUUAACAAAGGCUGGAGGCUGGGAUUGGACCUUUAUAGGCAUCAGUUUGGUAUUGGUCUAUGUGUCCAGGGUGGUUGUAACUAUGGUACUCUGCUCUAUUCUAAACUAUUUUAGGAUUGAAAAAAUUGAUUUCAGGUGGCAAGCAAUUUUAAUUCUAGGCGGACUAAGAGGCGCGAUUGCCAACCUGAUGGUACUAGCAUACGAUGGUCCUUUCCAUGAAAUAUUUUCAGAUACAACUCUUGUAAUAAUAUUUGUUACCGUGAUACUAAAUGGCCUGAUCGCUAAGCCUGCAAUCAACUACUUUAAACUAGAAGCAGGGGAGGAUAUAGUUCAAUAUUCAACUAUCCGAUAUUCACACUGGGAGAAGAACCAUGUACUGCCCUGGAUUCAAAAAAGGGUAAAGUUAGAAGAUAAGAUACUGGAAAGUUCCUGCUUCCCACCAGUUCUGCCCAGAGUUGGUCCAGAGAUGAUUCAAACUCAUUGUACUCCUCCUCCUAGUAUUUCAAGUUCACAGCUGUACUAGUCACCAAACCAAACCUUCAGUCAUUUUGUAUAGGUGUCACUGUCAUCUCCAAACCUGCUGUACAGCUGUUCUAGUCACCAAACCAAACCUUCAGUCAUUUUGUAUAGGUGUCACUGUCAUCUCCAAACCUGCUGUACAGCUGUUCUAGUCACCAAACCAAACCUUCAGUCAUUUUGUAUAGGUGUCACUGUCAUAUCCAAACCUGCUGAACAGCUGUACUAGUUACAAACCUUCAGCCAUUUUGUAUUUGUGUCGUAUCCAAACCUGUAAUGUGUUUUAUGAUAUCUAAUAAAGUAAGUAAAGUGCA